GUCCGGGUCCGGGAUAAAAAGAAUCGAGAGGCCGUCCACUUCCAGGUGGGCCCCUCCCCACCGUAACUGCAGGCCGGCUCCUCCUCCUCCUCCCGCGGAAGCACCGGCCACCGGUAACCGUCGCCACCGCCUCCCUCCUCCUGCUCCUCACGACGGUGCGGCGGCGAGGAUGCCGUGCUGCGGGGAAAGCGAUCCUCCCCAUGAGGCCAUCAGGGUCCUAUCCCAGCCCCAGCGCCACGGCUCGCACGGUUCGUCCAUUGGUUCGAUUUGGUUGCGGUGGGGGUUCCGGCCGGGGUCUGAAUGUCUCACCGGGGAGACGGGGAAUUUGAGCGCAGGGAGGAAACCCUGGAGGUGUGUCAGGUUAAUCGUCAUGCUGCUGCAUGCGCUCUUCAUCGGCGCCGUCUUCCUGCUCGAUCCGGCCCUCCGGAGCCAAAUCCGCCGGGAUCAGUGGUACAUGUGUUUAUAUGGAGGGCUGGUGUUGUUUACCUUGGCGCAAUACCUAUAUACAGCUAAUUCAUCACCGGGGUAUGUGGCUGAUAUGUUGAAAGCUGGAUCAGCGAUGCAUGCAACCUUCAUUAAUACAACGACAAUCUCAAAACAGGUCUGUUCCAAAAACGGGAGCUUAAAUUAUUUCAUGAGUCGCAGCAAAAUAGAGCAACACAACCCACAAUCUGCUACACCUUCGUCGCUUUUGCAAAUGAUGGAUCUGUAUCCUCCUGGAUCAUCCAGCAGGGAUUUGACCUGCUCUUACUGCCAUCUCGUUCAGCCACCACGAACCAAGCAUUGUCAUGAUUGUGAUAAGUGUGUUCUCCAAUUUGAUCAUCACUGUACAUGGCUUGGAACAUGCAUUGGCGUAAGGAAUCAUUGCCGUUUUUGGUGGUACAUAUUUGGACAAGCAAGUUUAGUUGUUUGGACUGUUGCUCUCUACAUCCAGUUCUUACAUGUGGAUAUGAACGGGUCCUGGUUGAAGGGUUUGACUGGCUUAACACUGUUGCUGCCGUUGAUAGUAAUCCUCAUAGUUUUGCUGAUCUUACUCAUGUUGCAUACGAAUAUGUUACAUGUUGUGAAGUCGCAAAUUAACAGUGACCUCUUCACUGAUGAUUAUUAUAUUCACGAGCUUGUGUAUAUCUGUAGUUACCUUGCUCUUACGAACCAAACGACAUAUGAAAUUGCCAGACGGAAGCGAAUAUCUUACCUAAGGGGAGUUCCUAGAAAGGUACAUCCUUUCAGCAAAGGUAUCUGUAGGAACCUCUAUGACCUCUGCCUCUCUAGACAGAAGGGAUAUGUUCUGGAAGCAGUACCCCCACUGGACGAACUAGAAGCCCGGGCUAGACCCUACACCUGCCGGGAUGUAAUCUGCUGCAGGUGCUGCUAGUACGCGCUAUAUGUGAAAAUACAUUAGUUUAGUUUGAUGCAUAUAAUAACAUGAUAGAGAUACGUGUGGCUCAUUGAUGUUGUACAGCAUAUAUAUAGGCACCCUUUUGUCUCCUAUAGAAUGCAUCUGGAUCAAACGAUGCCAUUAGAUUGAUCUGAGUAUGCAUGUAGAUUUUUCAGUUUAUUCCUUGUAGGGUUGUAGCUUCAUAAGAAAAUAGUUUGAACUUAGUCGCACAUUCGCUGUAGAACGCUGUGUCUGGGCGAUGCAGCUCUUAUAUGUUAAAUGCACAACUGAAAACUCGCUCGUUCUGUAUCUGAUGAUUGUUUGUUCCUUUUGUUCUUAUAUAUAUAUAUAUUUCGUCCUCGGUUGUCAUGCUUUA